CACAGGCAGCAGAACAGUAACUAAUUUAUUCAACACCAACCCCCGCCUGCCAGGUAAGGCAGGCUGGAGAAAAUAAACAUUUUUGUAACAUCCUAAACACGCUGCACCUUUGAUUUGCACCUGGCCACUUGCAGAGGUUUGCAAAAAUGCUGAUCGGCCAGAAAUUUAACAGAUAAUGCUGUGGAUCAUGGAACAAUAUGCAGAAUUUCGAUAUUCUGAGUAAUCCCACCAACUGUGUAACCAUGUCUUCUUUGAGGAAUAAGCUGGCUGCCAACGAUUGCAAGACUGUGCUUCCAUUCCUCUGCAUAACAGAAAAUAUAGUCCUGGUAAAGGAAAAAAGGAGCUGGGAGGAGGCCUUUGAACACUGCCGCAGCCUUGGAUCAUCUUCUGACAGCAAUCCUCACUUCAAUCUGUUGAGCGUGCAACCUGGAAAUGAACACACCUAUAUGACAGAGGAAAUCACAGAGGCUGACACUGAUGAGGUGUGGACUGCCCUGCAUUUCCUGGGUGAUGAAUGGCUGUGGAUUAAUGGAGCAGAUAUGCUGUACACUGACCUGCCACAGUGUCCCAGCCGAAGGCAGCACUGUGGGGCCUUAUUAAAGAAUAAUACCGGCACUUUGGAGGCCAGAGACUGUUCAGAGAGAAAAAACUUCCUCUGUUACAGCUACAACCCUUAAUUAUCAUCUAAAGUCUGAGAGGCUCGGCAACAACCACCUAUAGCCUGCAGAAAAUUGCAAAACUGGCCAUUGUUUUGAAGCUGUAUAUUUUCUUAGAAAAACAUUGCGUUUAGCAUAUGGGUUAAUAGUUGUAUCGCAGGAACCUACACUGGGAAGAACCCAUCCUAUUCCAAUUCCACCCCCAAGCACCAAGCACCCCAGUGCUACGCAAUUAGCGCAGACUGGAAAUGUGCUUGAGAGAGGGAACAGUUCAGACCUGAA